CUAGCGUCCCGCAUCGCUUUGGAGGUAUUCCGCGACUGCAUUGCGGAGCGGCCCCCGGGUUGCGCGUUGCGACAACAUCGCCGGGGUGCUUGUUCGCCGCAGAAAAACAGAGCCAUCCAGCGCGUGGGACCCUCUGGCGGGGCGCAAUGCCUGCGCCCAAGAGUAGGGCCCUCCUGGUCUUCUGUCAAUUCACCGCGCCGAUUGCUUCGCUUAAAGAAGAACUCCGGAGCAAGAGAGCCCGGCCGCGGUCUCGGCUAUGGUUUGCCGCUCCGGGCCGUGUCUCGGCUGCCGCCGCUGUCGCCCAAGUGCAAGAGCGCUGCGAAUUCUAGAGGCCCCGAAGCGCCGCAGCGCCGCGGGCCCUUGUGCGCGCGAG